AUGACCAACAUGUCGGUUCACACCAUCCUCGCGUGCAAACCUCCCGAUAUUGACAUAUCUAUCGGACCAUCAAUCUACUUCUCUGAAAUGGGAGCAUCUGAAGCGUCGAGCUCAAAGCCUUCUUUGCAACCAGUGGCGUCGCCUAUCAAAUACUCAGAUGUAAACCUACACCGCACCAGCCUUCAGGGAAAACGGCAGAAAUCCUUCUUGAAGGUCCCAGAUACAAAGUCAACAAGCCUAGCUUGCUUUACAAAGGAUAACGUUAACCAGUUCGACACAUUUACAUCCGACGCUACUAUAUGCGAUGCAGAUUCCGGCACGCAAUUGCAACGGCACUCCGACCUUUGGUUUGAAGAUGGUAGUGUUAUCUGUCGCGCCGAAAACACUCUUUUUUGCGUUCACAUGUCGCAACUGGCUCGCCAUUCCCUGUUCUUCAGGGAUAUGUUCGCGCUUCCUCAGCCUGCCGAACCAAAGUCCUUGGAUGGCGUGAGUCGACAACAUAUCCCUGUCAUAUAUUUGUACGACACAGCUGAGGAUGUCGGAAACCUCUUGACAGCGCUAUACGAUGGCCCGUCCUUUGGAAACAACGAUCAGAAUGAUUUCCGUAUCGUUUCUGGUAUCCUGCGCCUAUCGACAAAAUAUAUUGUUGAUUCCUUGCGAGCAAAGGCCCUGGCGCAUCUCAGCACCGCAUGGCCAUCAAGUUUACGGGCCUGGGAUCUCCGAGAAGACCUGGCGCGGGCCUACGAGUUGGAAAGUACGACCCCUGGAGCUCACCUCUACCCCCAUCCUUUCCUUAUCAUCAACCUUGCCAGGGAAGUUGACGCGCCCUCCCUGCUCACCGCCGCCUUUUACGACCUCUCACGAUGCUCCUAUGCUCAGAUAUUUGAGCCCAGCGAGGAUGAGGCACUCUACAGACCAUCUGGGCCGCCCCCACCUCUCUCGACAAGCGAUAUGCAACGCCUUUGCUUAGGCAAGGAAGGUGCACAACAUGCCAUCACAUCUUUGAUUCAUGCGAUGGGCAAUGGUCAAUCCAUAAGACAACAUCAACCGCACACGGCACACAACCAUAUAAGACGGUCAUCUGGUCAAAGUUCCACGGUGUGUGUCUCUGCCGCUGCGUGUCGAAAGGACUUUUCGGAGCUCGUUGACCUGGCAACGCAACACUACCUCUUUGAUCGCGAGAGAGGGUGCUACGAUCCCUUGUAUGUCGCUGAGGAGCUGGGUCAGCUCAAGAGCGCUGAAUUUUCAGAGUGCAAAGCGUGCGCAAAAUCCCUCGAGUCGUGGGCUGCUCGGUCCUUUGCCGGGAUGCCGAGUCUUAUUUCAAACACUGGAAUCAACCCUGCCAAGGGGACACCUUUCCUUCCUGGGUACGAUUCCUUCCCACAUGGCUUAGUCAGCUCUACCUACUCUCAUACGGCUGGGGCAUUCUGCUCCCUCUCGUUGCAGUUCAAAGCCACUACAGAGUCUAUUAGAAGUGUCAAUGUCUUAUGGCUACAAAAUCCCCUCCUGGAAACUGUUGCUCCCUUUACAAACACCCUUCUUGACACCUAA